AUGACUCAAGGACGUGUCGUCAUCGUCGGGCAAGAAUCCACCUGGGAAGUCUACCCACCUCCGAGAAUUGCAGUAAAGCUAUCACAGGGCUACAAAUUUACCGUCAUCGCGAGAGAGUUGCCUAGUGAUGUCGACAUCGACUACGCCUCCCCAUGGGCGGGAGCACAUUUUCGCCCCACCGCCGCAAAGACCCAGGAGGAGCGAUGGGAACAGCGUCUAAUGCGGGAAACCUACAAAGAGCUUGAGGGGAUUGCAAAACACUAUCCUGAAGUAGGCGUGGACUUUGUCCCUGCGGUUGAUUAUUUCGACGCUGCUAAUGCAACCACUUUACCGACAGAGGAGAAUGGCUACACAACACGGCCAGAUUUUCGGAUUCUCGAGUCUUGGGAGUACCCUCCCAAGCAUGCAAUGAUUCAAAUUUGGGUCACAUAUCGAAGCCGGGUCGUCAACUCGCCGAUUUAUCUGAAAUGGCUGCAAAUGCGCGCAGAGGAGAAAGAGGUUCAUUUCAUUCGAGCACAGUUGACAGACUUGCAGCAGGCUGUAUCUGUCUACCAGGAGAAUAGAGCUCAGGGUGAUACCGAGAAUGCCAUGGCUAUAGUCGAUGCAAGUGGCCGGGGAUUUAAUGAUCCCGUUUCAUUCCCAUCGCGGGGUCAAUUCAGCAUCGCGUCAAACCAGUGUGAUAAAACCAUUAGUCAUCACUGGAGUGAUGAAUCUUCGACGGUAAUCAUACCGCGACCUCUGGGUGGCGGUAUUGUAAUCGGCGGUACUAAGUAG